UUAUAUACCAUUUCCCUUCUCUUCUUCUUUCCCGCCUUGUCUUUAAGGAAUCUCUCCCUCCUUCUCUCUCUCUCCAUUCACCGUUCGCCUGAGUUCUCUCUCCUCUCGCCGUCUUCCGUGUGAAGUCGGAAUGGGACUGUCAAACAGUGAUGGAGAAGGGAUCAGAAGAAGAUCCUGUGGUUGUGGAAAAGAGGAUUUUCUUCCAGAGGAAUCGUUUCAGAGUUGGGGAAAUUAUGCAAACGCGCUGAAGGCGACGCCGUCCCGGCUUAUGGACCGACUAAUGACUCGGUCGGCCGAGAAAACCGAGCUCGUCGAGAUGAAGGCUCGAAGCGAGCACGAGAUGAAGAAGAACCUCACGUGGUGGGAUCUUAUUUGGUUCGGUGUUGGCGCCGUUAUCGGCGCCGGAAUAUUUGUCCUCACCGGUCUCGAAACUAAGGAACACGCUGGCCCUGCCGUUGUCUUGUCUUACGUCGUGUCCGGCGUCUCCGCCCUGCUUUCCGUCUUCUGUUACACAGAGUUUGCCGUCGAGAUUCCGGCCGCCGGUGGAUCAUUUGCCUACCUAAGGGUAGAACUAGGGGAUUUUGUGGCAUUUAUUGCUGCUGGUAACAUCCUUCUCGAAUAUGUUAUCGGUAGUGCAGCCGUAGCCCGUUCAUGGACCUCAUACUUUGCCACCCUUUGCAACCACCACCCAAAUGAUUUUCGCAUCCACAUCCCUGCUUUUGCUGAUAACUACAACCGACUUGAUCCCAUUGCCAUUGUCGUCAUCAUCGUCAUUUGCAUCUUUGCAGUCAUGAGCACCAAAGGCUCCUCUCGUUUUAACUACAUUGCAUCCAUUUUGCAUGUGGUUGUAAUCCUCUUCAUCGUCAUCGCUGGACUUACCAAAGCCAACCCCAAAAACUUUACUCCCUUUGCCCCAUUCGGCCCUCGUGGCAUCUUUGUAGCUUCUGCUGUCUUGUUCUUCGCAUACGUUGGAUUCGAUGCAGUUUCGACAUUAGCAGAGGAGACUAAGAACCCUGGUAAGGAUAUCCCCAUUGGUCUUGUGGGAUCGAUGGUGAUCACCACUUCUGCGUAUUGCAUUCUUGCGGUUACACUCUGCCUCAUGCAACCGUACCAACAGAUCGAUGAAGAUGCACCCUUUUCUGUGGCUUUUGAGGCUGUUGGAUGGAGUUGGGCUAAGUACAUUGUCGCUGCUGGUGCUAUUAAAGGCAUGACCACUGUGUUGUUGGUUAGUGCAGUUGGCCAAGCGCGAUACCUCACACACAUUGCCCGGACUCACAUGGUCUCCCCCUGGUUCGCCAAAGUCAAUGAAAGAACGGGAACUCCAGUGAACGCAACAGCAUCAAUGAUGGCUGCAACAGCAGUAAUCGCCUUCUUCACAUCUCUAGGGAUCCUCUCAAACCUUCUCUCAAUCUCCACUCUCUUCAUCUUCAUGUUAGUAGCUGUAGGCCUCAUCGUUCGGCGCUACUACGUCAGCGGUGAAACAACACCAUUGAACAGAAACAAGCUUAUAAUCUGCCUUAUUCUGAUCAUAGGAUCUUCAAUUGGAACCGCUGCAUAUUGGGGCUUAAGCAAAGGUUGGAUUGGCUUUACAGUGACCCUUCCCAUAUGGUUCCUCUCAACUCUAGCCCUAUGGCUCGGUGUCCCACAGGCGAAAGAGCCACGAGUGUGGGGCGUGCCAUUGGUCCCAUGGCUGCCAUCAAUAUCCAUUGCCAUUAACAUUUUCCUUCUUGGGUCCAUUGAUAAAGCUUCAUUUGGAAGGUUUGGGAUAUGGACUGCAGUUCUCUUGGUUUACUAUUUAUUGUUUGGGUUGCAUGCUUCUUAUGAUACUGCCAUGGAGUCGAAGACCCAAACAGUAGAAAGCAACAGCAGUGUGUGAAGAUUUGAUUGAGAUGAAUGAUGAUGAUGAUGAAGAAAUUGGAAUUAGGAGAGGGAUCAAUUUAUAGUUAGUUUGAAUUAAUUAUUGGUUGUUUUAGUGUUGAUUAUUAAAUGUGUUGUUGAUUAGGGAUUUUGUGGUUAAUCACAAAUCCAUUUGUAAAUGCAAAGUGGUAGUUUGUGGUAGAUGUAAGAACAUCCUUUACUUCUUUAUUGUAACAGGAAUGGAAUUUUAUUUCUUUUUA